AUGGCUCAGCCAGCUGUCAUCUCCACCAGAACUGUUGACUCAGGGCACAAACGGCCGAAGCUCACCAUGCCAAGCACCAUCAGUACACCAAUCCCGCAAGACAACGAGUCGCAGGUCGACUCUGCUGUCGAAUCUGUGACUUACUUCCCCUGCUCGGACGCCGAGCUAGAAGAAGAGGAGAAGCUCAUUCCUGAGAACCCCUUUGAUAGCGAGCGUAGUAGAAUCUUGUUCGACGCCAUUGAUCGACUACAAUCUUGCGGCGUCAGCCAGGAAGUGGCCAUUCCUCAGCUGGUCAUCGUUGGAGGUCAAUCUACUGGCAAGUCUUCGCUGUUACAAAGCCUGACCGAUAUCCCGUUCCCGGUCGGUACUGGCUGCUGUACUCGCUUUGCUACACGUAUCGUAUCUCGGAGGACCGUGCCAGGCAGUAGAAAUGCUGUCAAAAUCACAAUUGUGAAUCCUGAAGUGACUGACGUUUUCGACUAUCCACCCAACGACUCUUACAAAGACUAUCUUUAUGUGGAUGAUCAUUUAGGAGUCGAAGACUUCAAAGAAAUCAUGGAAGAGAUAUCGACAAAGUACAUGGGGAUCAGGAGAGGCCAGGGAGCUCACACGAAGAACUUCGCGACACAGGUUCUUCGUAUCGAGCUAUCAGGCCCGACCCGUUCACACUUCAGUAUUCUCGAUGUUCCCGGCAUUUUCUCUUAUGCACAUGACGUCAACGAGCAUGAGGAAGAAGGUGUCAGACUGAUGGUAGAGGAGUAUAUGAAGCAACCAGCCAAUAUUGUCAUGUAA